CUCUAUUGGUCGGGCUCUGAGCUCAGGUUCCCGGAUGCACUCGACCCUUUUAUAAAAUUGGCCCGGGAAGAAGGAGACUUUCGUAUUUCAGAGCGUCUGUUUAGGUUUAACGAGGACUUGAUUGAGAUAAAAAUGGCUGGAGGCAAGGCUGGCAAAGAUACCGGAAAAGCUAAGGCAACCUCUAUCACCCGAUCCUCCAGAGCUGGGCUGCAGUUUCCAGUUGGUCGUAUACAUAGACUUCUGAAAAACAGAACUACCAGUCAUGGACGUGUGGGUGGUACAGCAGCAGUAUAUACAGCUGCUAUUUUGGAAUAUCUGACUGCUGAGGUCCUUGAAUUAGCUGGAAAUGCUUCCAAAGACCUUAAGGUAAAGCGUAUUAGUCCCCGUCACUUGCAGCUUGCCAUUAGAGGUGAUGAAGAAUUGGACGCUCUUAUAAAAGCAACUAUUGCUGGUGGUGGAGUCAUUCCACAUAUACACAAGUCCCUUAUUGGAAAGAAAGGACAGCAGAAAACAGUCUAGGCACUGUCAGGACUCACAAGAACUGGUCAGAGUUGUGCAGCCUUCUUCUGUUAAUCUAUUUUGACCGGUUUUCACACUCAUCCAAGACUUAAAUUCCCAUUUCAAAGCAGAUGCUUGGUGGUUUUAAUGAUACCAUGGCUUCCAAGAAGCCAGUUCUGAUGGACUCUGGUUUUACAUAAUUUUUUUUUUUUUUUUU